UCAGCUGAUGCCCGCCCGUAUUGUUGUUGUCUAUCAGUUUAUGAUUUUUCUUCAUAUUUUUUAUCAAUUGAAUUUUAUCACAACGUAUAAUUAUUAUCAUUUACACGAACUAACCUCAAAAGUAUUAGUAAAAGGUAGCUGAAAGAGCAAACUAUUCCUAUUAUUAUUUCACUAACAUGGUUCAAAUAUAUUCAAAAACUUUGAAUCCUUCGGUCCUGAAUGACGCUUAUUUAAACAAGUAUAGCAUUGAACUUCAAGUCAAAAAGAUUCUUGCAAAAAAUUUAGUUAUUGACAAAGAAAAUUACAAAAAUUGGCUUAUAAAAGCAGUUUCUCUUAUAGAUUUGACUACACUUUCAGGAGAUGACACCAGGUCUAACGUAACAAGACUCUGUUUAAAAGCACAAAAACCAUUACCAAACAUAGAACCAAAUUUAAAAACUGCAGCUGUAUGUGUGUAUCCAAAUAGAGUUAUUGAUGCAUAUGAAACAUUACAAAAAAUGGGGGUUACAAAGGAAAUUAAUAUUGCAUCUGUUGCAACUGGGUUCCCGUCUGGCUUAUAUCCAUUGUCAACAAGACUGCAAGAAAUUAAAUUUGCUGUAUCUAACGGUGCAAAUGAAAUUGAUGUAGUUCUGGAUAGAAGUUUGGUUCUAACAGGCAAAUGGGAUGUGCUAUAUGAUGAAGUUUGGCAGAUGAAAAAGGAAUGUGGAAAUGCACAUUUGAAGGUCAUCCUUGGAGUGGGCGAAUUAGGAACAUAUGAGAAUGUCUAUAACGCUUCAAUGGUAGCAAUGAUGGCUGGAGCAGAUUUCAUCAAGACAUCUACAGGCAAGGAAGCUGUUAAUGCAACUCUACCCGUCGGCUUGGUGAUGUGCAGAGCUAUUCGAAAAUUUUACCAAAUGACCAAUAAAAGGGUGGGUUUGAAGCCAGCAGGCGGCAUAAAGACAGCAAGAGACGCUGUCAAUUGGUUAGUUCUUGUGCAAAGUGAAUUAGGACCAGAAUGGCUUUGUCCCGAUCUCUUCAGGAUUGGAGCUUCUAGCUUACUUAAUGUUAUUGAAAAAGAAUUGAGCCAGUAAAAGCAACUUAAAUACAACGUAAAAACUCUAUCUAAUUCAAAAAAUAUUUUCCUUUAUAAUUUAUUUCGUUUCAAUCCGGGCGAAGCCGGGAAAGGCAGCAGUUUUUAAAAUCGGCCAAGCACUUUUUGAGUUAAAUUGUAACAAGCAAAAAAACUAUAUUUUCCUCUUUACAAUAUUAGGUUAGAUUAUAGAAAUAUAGACUAUUCAGAAUCCAAGUUAUUAAUAAAUCCUAUGCCUUGAAAUUAUGAAAAAUACCCAUUAAUUACUUGGGAUCCGAUAUAUUAUUUAUAUUUUUAAGUAAGGGCAAUAAAUAUAACUAGUUAUCUUCGUAUGUCAUUUAUUUUUUGAUAUAGUUUGUUAUACAUUAUAAAUUUUAUGGCAUGUUGUUGGCAUUUAUUAUUAAAUAGUUAUAUCAAUUCAA